AUGGCCGACCAAAAACUGUUAAUAGCUCUUGUCAGAGUGAAAGAUAAGGCAGGUAAAGAAAAUACGAUUCCUGUAGGAUUCAAAUUGGAUUCUAAUAAAAUACCGUCACAGCUUAAGGCUGGUUUGAUGCAUCCUGAUAAUCUCAUUAAAAUUACGAUUGACGGAUUUAGACCAAUUAGCUCGAUGAUUGUAUCUGUUGGUGAUGAUUCUGAAGACCUGAUGGCCUCUUUUAAGCUUUUCUGUGAUUACGUGAAGCACCUCAAGCUACCUGGAUUGACUGCAAGGAUUCAACACUUUUUAGCUUUGGAAAACAUUUUAAUCGAAAGUGUGAAAGCGAGUGGCCUGAAAGUAACCUCUAAAGGUGACUUUGAUUCUUUUCUUCAAAGAGCUGAUUACCUUGAGCGAAAAGAGAAAGACGAAAAAAGAUUUAUAAAGCCUCGACCAGUACCCAUACUGAAACAAUUGAUCUAUCGAUAAAUGACAUGAAUCAAGAAUCAGAAGCUACUCUUAGAAAAAUCGAAAUUCACAAACGAAAAUAUCAUGGUAACCAAGUGGAAACUUUGCAACAAAAACGUGAAAAGCUUAACCUUCGCUUAAAAAGUCUCCGAAAUAUCAUAGAUAAAAGUUCGACUGCUGAUUUCUUUAUUGAUGAAAUUUCACGAAUUUUUGAUCAGUUUUUUGCUCUAUUAACUAGUCAUGAAUCUGGUAUCCAAAUUUUCCGUGACUCAGUGGCAGAUCACAUUGCAACAAAUCAACAUGAAAUCAUUCCUGAAGAUUCAAAUUACACAGAGGAUAAGUAUGCUUAUUUGGAAGGUGUUCUUCCUGUAUUCACAAAAAAGUACAGAAAAGUUAUCUCAGAUUUGCCCAAGAAACUCGAAGAACGAGAAGCAACAGUCAUACUUACUAACUUUGUGAGAUUUACUUUCCCAAUCAUUGGAUACAAAAUGUGACACUCAAAGGAACCGGCUACAGAAAAUCACAGAUCUCUGUUUGGAAUCACCAGUUUCCUC